AUGACCUGUGACGAAAGCCGUCCAAUCUGCUCCCACUGCAUUUCUUCUGAGCGCCCAUGCUUCUACAUCACAGGGCCAGAAAGUGGUCACACACCAGUUCAAAAAUCCUCACCAGCGUCUUGUGCAACUCCGAGAUCUCCAUAUGGAGACUCAAUAGACUCAUUGGAAGAUGUCAGUCCCGUCAAUAUGAUGCACGUGGAGCUUCUCCAUCAUUUUGCCUCAGAAAUCAAAUCUCCAUUCGAUACAGACUUUGAUCAAGCCCAGGUGUCAUUUCCAGAUAUCCUCAGGCGUUGCUUACCAGCCCCAUAUCUUAUGAAUGAGGCAUUUGCCCUAUCGUCUCUACAUAUAAGCAUUAUACGACCAGAUCAGCGACAAAUUUACCGGCGUCGGGCUUCUCAUAUGCAGCAACAUGCCUUGUCAAUAUUCAAUGCCAUGAAGCCAGAGGUGAACGUAGAUUCCUGCCUCUCCGUUUUUCUUUUUUCGUCUCUGUUAGGUGUUCACAUGCUCUGCGACACCUUUGUUUUCCGCAGUGGGUCCUUCAAUACAUUCCUGGACAACUUCACACAAUAUAUCCGCCUAUACCAAGGUGUCAGAGCUGUUACCAAUGGGUGUUGGGAGUUCCUUCGUCAAACCGAGCUGGCCCCGUUGCUAAAUGUCGCUGAUUCAUUCCCAGGAGCAAGCACCGGAUUUAAUAUGAAUUUCAAAGGUUGCUUAAGCUCGUUGAAUCAGCGGAGUUGGGGGAAUCAAUCACCAAAACAUAUCACCACGCCAUAA